UCUCUCUAUCUCUCUAUCUCUCUCUUUCUCUUUCUCUCUCUUAUACAAGCACCUCCGAGCUGCUGCCACUGGUGUCGCCGGCGCGACUGCAACAAACCACCGCAUAGGCCGUCUACUAGUACCGCCUACGAUCCUUCGAUCCUUCCUUCUUUUGUUUUGUUUUCGAGUCUCGACAGAUCUCCCUCAACGGCGACGUCGAUGUCGCCGAAAAGCGUUCCACGACGAGCCCCUAACGUCUCUCCGUGCCGAUCGUCCAGGGCUCGAGGAGGACCGAGGAGGAGCGACGCAUUGCUCGAUCAAGAAGAAGAGGAAGAAGAGGAAGAACGGAAUAAAAGGAAAGAAUAAUAUAAAGAAAGGAGAAAGGGAGGAGAAAAGAAACAAGAUUCAAGGAAAAUAACAAGUGUCUUCGGUGGUGGUCCCAAAACUCCUUUAGGGAGUUCUCUCUUCGUUCUCUUUCAUCUCGUUUCUUUCUUUCUUUCUUUCUUUCUUUCUUUCUUCCUUUCUUUUAUUUUCUUAUUCCUUUUUUUUCGUCUCUCUUUCUCUUUCUUCUUCUUUCUUUCUUUCUUUCUUCCUCUCCCUUUCUUCGUGCAUUAAGUUCGUAGAAACAGGUGAUAGGCGCGCGAACGCGCGCACAACCCCAUACCACGUGGUUCACGUCGGAUCAGCUGUCCUCUCUUCACACCGAUAUCAUCAUUAUCAUCAUCAUCACACGCACACAUCCACACACGCACUACGAAGAAUUUUAUCUACUCGACGACCGAGGAGGGUGGGUGGGGAAUGCACAUACCGAAUCACUCUGUGAAAAGGGAAAAAAUGUUACGAGAAUCUGAUGGUGGUCUCGGAGAAACAGAUUUUUUCGUUAAAUCGUUUAAAGGAUCAUCGACAAUGAAACGUCUAUUUCUAUUGCAAAUCUUCAUCGUGGUCGUUAAUACAACGUCAGAGACUCUACGAAGACAACCAUCGUCUGGUUUAAGAGGAUUGUAUACACUAGAAGAUCAACUUCACGAUCAUGAGAUCGUGAUACCACGUAAGGUUAGCCAUAAAGGCGAGUUAAUCUCGCAUAACGUGAGUCAUCAUCACGACGAGGAUGGAACUGAGGUACAUUAUCGGUUGUCAAUUGCUGGUAAAGAGUAUCAUAUCGAAUUGACAGCUGCCAAAGACUUCAUUGGGCCAAGUAUGAUAGUCGAGAGGCAUAAACGUGAUUUCCACAUACGUUCGCCUCCAAAAAGUCGUUCGAGCAAGUGCCAUUAUCGUGGAUUCAUUCGUGAUCAUCCAAACUCUCGAGUUGCUUUAUCAGCCUGCGACGGUCUGGCGGGUGUGCUACACAGCGCGGAUGGCGAGUUCUGGCUGGAACCAGUCGCCGUAUUAUCGAAGAAAGGGGACUUAAGGAAGGGGGAGGAAGAGAAGGUGGAGGAGAAGGAAAAAGAGGAGAAGGAAAAAGAGGAGAAGGAGAAGGAAGAGGAAGAGGAGGAAAGGAAGAAGUUAGACAGACACGAGAGAAGACGAAGAAGGAUAGAAAAAGAUCAGGACGAGGAAGAAAGAAGGAUAACAACUACCGAGAAGGAUAGAAGCUCUUGGAUCCGCGACGUACCUUCUUCCGGCGAUGGCAAAGGUGCUCGUCCUCACCUCGUUUUCCGGCGGGCAACCGAGAAACGAAGGCGUGAGAUUGGCGCCGGCCUGCCAGCUCGAGCAGCCAGACGCCGGCGCAAAAAGAAGAAGAAACAGGAGAGAAACUGCGGCACCCGUGAACCACGACGAUUGACGGAGACUCGUCUCGAGUGGCAAACGCAGGCCGGUCUGGUUCAAGUUCAAGGUCGAGGUCGAAAGAAACAUCAUCCAACAAAGUGGUGGCAACGUUCCAAGAGAUCGAUCAGUAGGCCACGUCACGUCGAGGCACUCGUAGUCGCAGAUACGACGAUGAUGGCUUUUCAUCAGGACGGCGACGUUGAAACUUAUCUUCUGACGAUAAUGAACAUGGUAUCCUCGCUCUAUCUCGAUCCUACCAUUGGUAACUUCAUUAACAUAGUCGUCGUCAGGAUCGUUCUCGUUGAGGAUGAAGAGGCCGAGCAAGGACUGGACAUCACAGUGAACGCGGACAAGACUCUCUACAAUUUUUGCAAAUGGCAGCAGAAACUAAAUCCAGGAGAUGAUUCGCAUCCAAAUCACCAUGACGUAGCGAUUCUCGUGACCAGAGAGGACAUAUGCUCGAGAGCCAAUACACCUUGCAGCACCCUAGGAGUGGCCCACGUGGCUGGCAUGUGCCAACCUGAUCGUAGUUGUAGCGUCAACGAGGACAACGGUAUCACCCUCGCACAUACGAUCACUCACGAACUUGGACAUAAUUUCGGAAUGUAUCACGACACGGAAAAAAUCGGUUGCAGUAAACGCGAUGGCGAUACUUUGCACGUCAUGACGCCCACUUUCGAAGUGGACACAGUCGGUGUCGCUUGGUCGAGAUGCUCCAGAAGAGAUAUUACAAAUUUUUUAGAUCAAGGAAAGGGUGAAUGCUUAGAAGAUGAACCUGCGGAUAACGAUUAUGCUUACCCGGAUCUACCACCAGGAGCUAUGUAUAACGCUGAACAUCAAUGUAGACUUCAAUUUGGCGUCAGAGAUGCAUCGGUCUGCUCUCCUCUGCAGGAGAUUUGUUCUAAAUUAUGGUGCAUCGUCGAUGGUUCCUGUACGACCAUGUUACACCCAGCUGCACCUGGAACCCAUUGUGGGAAACAUAUGUGGUGCCAAAAUCAGAAAUGUGUGCCGAUCGUCGAUCGGCCUCAUCCAAUCGACGGCAGUUGGGGUGAAUGGGGCUCCUGGAGUGAAUGUUCGAGGAGUUGCGGUGCUGGGGUGUCGAUCAUUGAAAGAAAAUGCGAUCACCCGGAGCCAGUGCAUGGUGGAAAAUUUUGCAUCGGUGAAAGACGCCGAUAUAAAAUUUGCAACACGGAGCCUUGUUCGGAAGGAACGCCAAGCUUUCGUGCAAUCCAGUGCAGUAAUUACGAUGGAAAGGAAUACAAAGGCAAAAAUUACACUUGGUUACCUUACUUUGAUCAGACCGAACCGUGUGAACUUUACUGCACCGACAUAGACGAAAGCGUGAUCGUUCCUUGGGGUGAAGCUGCCCUUGAUGGUACGCCCUGUAACGUCGGUAGUCGAGAUAUGUGCAUCGCGGGAAUAUGUAGAAAGGUUGGCUGCGACUGGACCGUUGAUUCUGAUGCCACAGAAGACCGAUGCGGUAUCUGUCAUGGCGAUGGCACACAAUGUGAAACUACUAGUGGAAUCUAUGAUAAAAACGAUGGUCCUGGAUACAAGGAGGUCAUCGUGGUACCUACCGGAUCACGUAAUAUUAAAAUAGAAGAAGUUGGCAACAGUAAAAACUACAUUGGCAUUGGAGUACCAAGGUCUGACAAGUACUUCCUUAAUGGAAAACGGCAGAUCACUCUGGCAGGAGAAUACGAAGUCGCCGGAACUCCGGCCCUCUAUGAACGUGAUCGAGAUAGAGAAAAGAUCAGAAUACCUGGCCCUAUCAAAGAAGAUAUUGCGGUCUACUUAAUUUACAGAGGACACUAUCGCAAUUUUGGUUUGCGUUACGAGUACACAGUACCAAAAAAGGAACCUGAUCGUGCGCCAGAAUACGUCUGGAUAUUUUCGGAUUGGUCGUUAUGCACGGUAACCUGCGGUGGGGGUACGCAAACAUCUCGAGCUCUUUGCCAGGAAAAAAAAAGUGGUGUGGUAGAAGAGCACUUUUGCAACGUCACGAUUAAGCCAGAGACUAAAUUACGCGAAUGUAAUUCAAACCCUUGUCCUGCCAGAUGGUGGGUAGGUCCUUGGCAAAUGUGUCCUGUGACUUGCGGGGAAGGUGCUUUACGUAAAAGAUCGGUCAUGUGCGUUUCAUCGGGUACAGGAACGGAUCGAUCAGAUCUGGCUUUACCGGAUAAAGAUUGCGACAAGGACGCGAGACCCGAGGAAGUAGGACCUUGUCAAAAUUUACCACCAUGUGGAUUAUCCUCGGAAAUACCUUUGAUAGUCUACACGGAAAACAAAGAUGCAUCCUUUUACAAUGUCAGUUCAAACGAUCACGAUGGUAUCACGUUGGUCGAUGGUCUGACCACUGCGGAACCAGAGAUCCUUGAAUUCGACAAUGUCUUUGAUGAGAAUCCAAACAAUUCCAUGUACAAUACAAAGUCUAAGUGGAUUGUUUCAAGAUGGAGCCAUUGUUCUUACGGAAAGAGAAGUAGAAAGGUCACUUGUUCGAGUCCAGGAGAUUGUAAUUUGGAUGACAAGCCGAUCAGCGUGGAGGAUUGUCACGAGGGAAAGUGGAUCGUCGGGACUUGGGGAGCCUGCAAUGCAACUUGUCUCGUAAAAUAUGGUAUAAGAAGCAGGGAAGUCGAGUGUCGUGAUCGAACAACGAACUUAUUGUCGGACGAUUGUAAUUACGAAAGAAAACCAAUUGGUAAUAGACGAUGUUAUUAUAGAAAACAUUGUACCAACGAGAAGAAUGAUUGCAAGGACAGUAUAAUACCUUCGUCGAUGUGUGCUACUUACAGACGGAUAUGCGACGUUUCCUCGAUCGUACGAGAAAAAUGUUGUGCAACUUGUUUGAAAAGACGUAAACAACAUAUUCGUCACAAUAGACGACACGUUUUUGAAACAUAAUUUAUGUCCCUGAUAAUAUGUUUCGAUAAUCUCAUAAAAAUCGACGUCCUUAGCCUUAUUAUUAUUUUUUUUUUCUUUUUCGUUUGUUUGUUUUUGUUUUAUUUUUUUUCCCCCUUUCUCUUUUCUCUCUUCACCAUAUUCCGCUUCUAUCUAAAUAAAAUGGCGCAACGUUCGACGAAUUUUUUAAUUGUUUACUGAUCAUAAAUAAAUAUCAUCGAAUCUACGAAUGUUAUCAUCGAUCCCAUUUAUCCGCAUCUAUAAUUUCAUUUAAGAAAUUUUGUAACGCUUAAUCGUUUUAAGCAAAAACGAAUAAAAGAGAAAUUGAUAUCUUUUUUCAAAAAUUAUGCUUUACGUGAUAUCAUCGUAUCUCCGUGUCGUAAAAGACGAUAUGAAAAUUUGUGUUAUUGUAUUUUUAUUCCUAUCACAAAUUUAUAUAUCGCAUCCUUUCACACGUUACUGCUAUUUCCCUCUGAAUAUAAUAACUGAUAACGUCUUCAAUGAUUCUCUUGAAAUUUCAAUAAAAAUAAAAAUAAAAGAAAACAAUGACGUCAGAAUUAGAUAUUUCGUAUCAACGCGUUAAAAUCAAUUAGAGGAGAAAAUCAAGUAAGAACUUUGUCUUAAAUAUAGAGGUAUACCUUAAUGGUUCUUAAAUUAUUAAAUAUAUUAUCUUACAAUAAUCCUAAGUAACAGCAUCGUUAAAGCAGAUACUUUGUAACUAUAGAUGUAAUUACAUUCUCAUCUUAAUUCUUCUUAUAAUUCUUUAUGUUACACGAAACGUACGUAGGUAUUCCUAGUAUCGAGACGGUAAUUGCCACUCCACCGAGUAACUUUUC